UUAUUAUAUUCAAAACCGCCCCACUUCUUUUUAUAUAUUGUACAUUCGCCCUGAAUGUUUUAAAUAUAACAAUUACAUACUGGGCCCAUUAUGUGAAAUGGGCCAUUUAUAAGGCCCAGUCUGCGUAUAAUGAACUACACGCGCAUUUUGGAUAUACGCACGCGCGCAACAUCAGUGAUCGGACUCUGUUUGAUCGGCGACGAUGGAGAGAAACGUGGAGAAGAUGCUUAACAGAGUUUCAAUGGCGUUUAUAAUCAUCGGAACGUUGCUCAUGGUGAUAAUGAUUCUCCAGACUCCGAAGACAUGUAUCUCACCAGAAGCUCCCUCGAAGCCCCACACGCAUUUCCCGAGAUCCACCUGCGACUCCUCGCCGCGAAAGCAUCUCCCUUUACCGAAGAAGAACGCUCGCCUCUGGUCCUCCAAGGCUUGGACGUCGCGUCUCUCCUCCUUCUCCUCUUACUUCCUCCGACUCCGCGAUCUCGGGUUGCUUCGCAACCACACCAAAGCUCUCUGCCUCUCCGCCGGCGCCGGCCACGCUCCGAUGGCGAUGGCCCAGAUCGGGUUAUCUGACGUUACCGCCGUGGAGUUGGUGGAUUCGCUUCCUCUCGUGAGAAGAGCUGAUCCUCAUAACCUUCCUUUUUUCGACGGUGCGUUUGAUUUCGCGUUUACUGCGCAUCUUGAUGAUGCUCUGUUUCCGUGGAGAGUCGUGGAGGAGAUGGAGAGGACGGUGCGGCGAGGCGGGUUUUGCGUGGUGGCGGUUGAUGAAUGCGGUGGAGGUGAUGUUAGGGAGAUUGCUAGACUUUUCUUGAAGUCUAAGCUCGUUGAUGUUGCUAAUGUAACCUUAGAAGGAUCUAAAAAGACUAGUAUACUAUUCAAAGUUCAAGACUUUAAGACAUGACUGACUCUGUUUUGUCUUAUCAAUGUGAGAUUGUGCAUUAAAUCUAUCCUUUUGUAAAUGACUGUGUUUAUCUUAUAUUGCUGACUUCUACUGAGUUUGAUUCUAAA